AUGAAUCAACAGGCAAAGCAGGUGGUUACUGUUCUUGGUGUGGUGAUUGAUCCUGACUACCAAGGGGAAAUUGGGUUACUACGGCACAGUGGGGAUAAGGAAGAGCAUGUUUGGAUUGUGGAAGAUCUCUCAAAGCGCUCUUACCACUGCCACAUCCUGGAUUUAAGCCAAGAGAGAAACUACAGCAACCCAGUUCAGCCCAUGCAGUGCCAUUUUGCUGCUGCUGAUUCACUACUUCUUAUCUGUGCCGGAAACCAGGGUCUGUUCGGAAAACUGUUUAAAGUUCUGUGCGGCUGGAGCAUAAGUGCAGGGAACAAACAGAUCAGUUUGAUUUCUGGUUUUGAUUUUACUCCCAUACUUUCAGACUGCAGAAUCCGCAAUGGUGAGAAUGGAAUACACUUCCUCUUAAACAGAGAUGGGAAACGAAGGGGUGAUGCCUUAAUUGAAAUGGAGUCAGAGCAGGAUGUGCAAAAAGCCUUAGAAAAGCAUCGCAUGUACAUGGGACAACGAUAUGUGGAAGUGUAUGAGAUAAACAAUGAAGAUGUGGAUGCCUUAAUGAAGAGCCUGCAGGUCAAAUCUUCACCCGUGGUAAAUGAUGGCGUGGUUCGUUUGAGAGGACUUCCUUAUAGUUGCAAUGAGAAAGACAUCGUAGACUUCUUUGCAGGACUGAAUAUAGUAGACAUCACUUUUGUCAUGGACUACAGAGGGAGAAGAAAAACAGGAGAAGCCUAUGUGCAGUUUGAAGAACCAGAAAUGGCCAACCAAGCUCUAUUGAAACAUAGGGAAGAAAUUGGUAACCGGUAUAUAGAGAUAUUUCCAAGCAGAAGGAAUGAAGUCCGAACACAUGUUGGUUCUCAUAAGGGAAAGAAAAUGGCAUCUUCUCCUACUGCUAAGUAUAUAACUGAGCCAGAAAUGGUCUUUGAAGAACACGAAGUAAAUGAGGAUAUUCGACCCAUGACAGCUUUUGAAAGUGAGAAGGAAAUAGAACUGCCUAAGGAGAUGUCAGAAAAGCUUCCAGAGGCUGUUGAUUUUGGAACUACAUCUUCACUACAUUUUGUCCACAUGAGAGGAUUGCCUUUCCAAGCUAAUGCCCAAGACAUUAUAAACUUCUUUGCGCCGCUGAAGCCUGUUAGAAUCACCAUGGAAUACAGUUCUAAUGGGAAGGCCACUGGAGAGGCUGACGUGCACUUCGAUACCCAUGAGGAUGCUGUUGCAGCUAUGCUCAAGGAUCGGUCCCAUGUUCACCAUAGAUAUAUUGAAUUGUUCCUGAAUUCAUGUCCAAAGGGAAAAUAAGACUUCCAGGGACUCCAGAUAAUAAGGAUGAAGCAAGAAGCAUUUCAUUUGCACAUCUUUUCUUGGACAUGGAAUAUAAAGUUCCAGUUUUGUAGCAGCAACUGCUAGAGAAAGGAUUUGGGGGUUUUGGGUUAAUUGCUUAUAAGACAAAUUACGUAGUGGACUGUUUAGAAAGAAAAAGGAAAGAUUCAGUUUGGAAUUAUGAAAUAAACCACAAAUUUAAAUUUUCGUUUAAUCUGUUCAAGAUCUGAUUUAAAAAUCUGGGGUUUUUAUUACAUAUGAUUAAACAGUUUGUUUUCAUAGGAGAUGUGUUACCCAAUGAAAAGACUACAUCUUUUUAUUUAGCACUGUCCUUGAAAAUCUUUUCUCCCAUUUUACAAAUGGUCUGUUGGAGGUUUUGUCCUUUUGCCUAUGAAUUAAGGCUCUGAUGUAAAACUUCUCUGGAAUGAAAUACUGAUUUAUUUUAACCAAAUACUCACCAAAGCAAGGAAAGGCUUCAGACCUUUGAAUUAUUAAGGUUUGGCAAAGUAGUUAUAAUUUUAGUUGUAUUAGAGUACUUAGGUAGGAGUAGAAAUUUAAAAAAAAAAAUAAGUACCACAGGUUAGUGAGUGUAAGUGACAACAAUUUGGCAGUUUUACGUCUUUGGAAAUGUUUUGCCUUUCUAAGCCUUGUGCUAAAGGCAUUUGACUUUGGUGCCUGUAUCCUUAAGGAGAGAAUUCUUGUCUCAAAAGUUCUCUGAACACUCACCCCCCCCAACUUUUUUUGACUGUGGGUAAAUCUUGAGGGUGUUUGUUAGUCUCAAAACCGUGAAGUGACAUGUCAGAACAGUCCUGACUGGUAAAGACAUUAAUGGCUUCACUUGAAUUUAAACCAGCUCCUGAGAGGAAAAAGAAACUGUCUCCUCAUUUGCUUUUUUCAGUGGGAUAGCACAUCCCAUAUUUUAGAACAAGUAGGGGUGCCUUGCUUAAAUAAAAAUAGCAUUUAAUGUAUAACUGUGUGAAGGGUUUAUGGAUAAAGCUGUACUUCUGUCACAUUGUGACAGUACCUUCUGCUUUAAUAUUAAACAGCUUGUUAUUUAAAUACUGGAUCAAAAUGGCUGGCUUCAAAAUGUAGUCCUUAAUAAACUAACUUUACGUGCACCUGUGUAGGAGAAUCAAAGUCCCGUAUACUUUCUUUGCCUUGUUCCUGUUCUCAGGGUGACGACUGCCACAUAGUUACCAGGAGAUAAAAUUCUAGUUCUUAAAAUUGAAUUAGCCCAGAUUUCUGAGAGGUGAUAUCUGGAAGAGAGAUGACGUCUUCUCUCACUUAAUACAUAACCAUCUUUGAUUACCAGCUAAGAUACGAGAUCACUGUACUGUAAGUAGUCAAUAAAUGAAGACUUGUUUCAGGCUGCA